UCUCACCUCUUUCCUCCCAGAUCACAUCCAGCGAGUCUGUGUGAGCUUUUCCAGUCAGAUGGAGGGAGCAACACAAAGACAGAGAUAGAGACAAGAACUAAGUCAUUAUUCUGGAGAAACCUGGCAUACUCUCCUUAACAAGUGGUCAAAGAAAUAUAGAGGAAGGAGUUCAUAAUUUUACAGUAACAUACAUACAGAUCGACCAAAGGCAAUACCAUCUCUGGCUACUGCUGCUGGCUCAAAAUGCUGUUUACUCUAGGGCUUCUCCUCCUUCUCACCCCAUUUCCCUCCUUUCAAUCCCCGACCAAUGAGAGGAGAAACUCCACAGGAAGCGAUGUGACCAGACCCACUGCCGUUCUCACCCUGUCGAAACCAAAAACCACUGCUGCUCUCGCCAAACAGACCAUUCGCCCAACCCCAAAGCCAAACACAGUUAAUCAGACAGUUUCAUCCACUCCUGCCACAGCAGCAGUAAAGGCCUCUACAGUCACUGAGGUGAAGGCUACCAAAGACAAGCCUGCCCCCACUGUAGUUCAAAACGUUCAGUCAACAGCCCCAAAGUCUGCUCCCGCCAAUGGAGCUAAAACCACCAAAAACAAGCCCACAGCCUCCGUCAAUCAGACUGUUGUAACUAAAUCUCCCUCCACCAAAGACAAGCCUGCCCCCACAGUGGUUCAUACUGCCCUGUCGACAUCAGCAAAGGCCAAUCAGAGUGCCGUAAUCAAAACUCCCGCCACUACCACCACCACCACCAGAGAAAAGCCUGCCGCUGUUCAGCCACUCAAGGUGGUCAUAAGCGAUGGCUGCGACUCAAACAACGCCAAGGAGCAGGAAGUGAAGCUGAAGCCUGGCGCUCCUCUGGUGAUGACGCAUAAGAUCAGCUUGUUGCCUGGUGGCUGCACCGGGGGAUGUGAGGCCGAGAUGGCUACGCUGAAAGGUCGUGUGGCCCGACUGGAAAGAGAGAUGUCUGCCCUCAAAGACAAAUGUCCAUGUUCUGCAAACUGUCCAAAUGACUGUAAUGGCAAUGGGGAAUGUGAGAAGGGUAAAUGUGUCUGCCAGCAGGGAUUCAUGGGUCCAGACUGCAGUAAGUGUGCACAAGGAGCUGAGUGUGCUAGAAAAGCUGCCAAAGGAAAGGCCAAGUUGACCGUGGAAACAGUGACCCUGCAGGUGAACAAAGACAAGGAAAACAUGCAGGAGAGAACCACCAGAGUAGAGCAAACACUCUUCCAGAGGAGGGAGCAGAAGAAAGAGACUGACACUAAGUCUAAAGUAGCUACUAAUGCUAGAGUGGGUCUUGUUAAAACUCAAACAAAACAAGAUUCUGUAAAGAAAAUAACAACUAAAGACUCUUCAAGUGCCGCAAAGACCAGUCGCCCAAAUGUGGGUCAAGUUCUGUUGAGACAUGAGGGAAGGAAGCAGGAAGAGGCCCGCAAAGGCAAAACAACAGUCCUGACCUCUAAAAAGGUCCUCCAAAAACCUGACCUCAGACUUGUUAAGGAAGGAACUGCCGGUAAAACAAAUCCUAAAGCUGAACAACUGAAAGACGAACCUCAAACCAAUGUAACUCAGAGUAAUGUGAAGAAAUCUAACGGCACAGCUAAAAUUGUGACCAUUCUGACCAAGAUCAUGGGAACGAACAAAACCAGAACAGGGAAGGAGAAUAUGGAGCAGUCCACACUGGCUGAGAAACGCACCAAGAAGGUCAAAGUAGACACUACAAAUGUGCAGUCUGUUGACAACAGAAACACUGAAGCUGGAAAAACUGGAAAGGCCACACAGAGGAGUCAGUACCUGGUUAAUACAACCAUUGCGGCAACAUCAGGCGAGGGUCGAAGUGUGCAGAAUAAAACAACCAUCCAUGGCUCUGGGAGUGCAAGGAGGAUGGGAGGAACCGGAUUAGGUUCUGUAAGGGUUGUAAACACCUCCUCCUACAGCUUCACUGUCACAUGGUCAGCACCACAAGGGAUGUUCAAGAACUUCACCGUGAUCAGGAGAGAGCCACGCGCAGAGGGUGAUGAAGACGACCUUGAGGAGUUUGAAGAGGAAACUCUUGAAGUCGAAAAGUUCUCCACAGCUAAGAACGCAACUGAAGUGCACAUACAGGUUGAGAGCACCAACACAACUGCCGCCUUCGGUAGAGGUGCUGGAUCUAGAGGCAGAGCUGAAACAAAGAGGAUCUCUAUGGUGGUCCCUGGCAGCGUGCACUCUGUGGAGUUCAGUAACCUCCGGGCAAACACAGGUUAUGUUCUGCAUGUGUAUGGCACUACUGCUGAGAAGAGAUCAAAGAUUCAUAGAGUAACUGCAAUGACAGGCCCUGAGCCAGCCACAGAGAUGGUUUUCAGCAAUGUUACAGAGUCUUCUCUCACUGUUUCCUGGUCCAAACCAAAGACCACAUUCUCAGGCGUCAGGGUCACGUACACCAACAUCAUCACAGGGGAGAGCCGCUUUGUGACCUUGGAGUCUCAGCAAUCUUAUGUGGUUCUGUCCAAACUGUCUGCUGGAUCCUCCUACAUUAUCAGUGUAACUACUACAUACGGCAGAGCCCAGAGUGAUGCUCUCACAUCAGUCAUCACCACAGUGCCUGCCCCUCCAACACAUCUCCAAGUUGUCAAUGUGACUGAUACAAGAGCUUUGCUGCAGUGGACGCCGAGUCUGGGGAAAGUAGACCGCUUCAUCAUCAGCUACGAGUCCUCCAAGACUCCUAAUGUGACAGUGACAGUGAUGCUGUCUGGAAACUCAGUGGAACACCAGCUGAGAGGCCUGCAGAGAGGCACACUGUACACAGUCAAAGUCCUGAGCCAGAAGGACAGUCACCAGAGCAUGGCCAUCUCGACCACAUUUACUACCGCUAAUGUGGCUAAAGCCAACGAGGUGGGCGCUCGUUCUGCAGUGAUCACAUGGAGGACUUCCACUGUUGUCUAUUACAGCUACAGACUGAUCUACCAGGUGGUAGGAGAGGAGGCAAAGGAGGUGAUCCUGGACCAAUCAAUCACAGAGUAUAAGCUGACAGGGCUGUUGCCAAUGUCACGCUAUUAUGUUCUGGUACAAGGCGAGAGAGACGGACACUACACAUCUAUUGUUACCACAGAAUUCAUCACAGGCAAACUGCGUUUCCCCUACCCUACUGAGUGCUCUCAGGAGCUGCUGAAUGGAGCUCUGGAGUCAGGAGAAGUGGAUAUCUACCCGCAAGGAAAAGAGGGAGGAGCGGUCAGAGUCUACUGUGACAUGGAGACUGAUGGAGGCGGCUGGACGGUGUUCCAGAGGAGAAUGAAUGGAAAAACAGAUUUCUACAGAACUUGGAGUGAAUAUAGCGCCGGCUUCGGAAACCUCAGCGAAGACUUCUGGCUCGGAAAUGAGCUUCUUCACAACCUGACCAGUGUCGGCCCUGUGAGUCUGAGAGUGGAUAUGCGAUCUGGAAACUACACCGCUUACGCUCACUACGCCAACUUCUCCAUUGAUUCAGAGGAGAGGCACUAUACUAUCACAGUGUCUGGCUACACUGGAACUGCAGGCGACUCCAUGAGGUACCAUACUGGACGUCCAUUCUCAACCCGAGACAAGGACCCUGAUCCUCUGGGGAUCCACUGUGCCAGGGCCUACAUGGGAGGCUGGUGGUACAAGAACUGUUACAAGACCAACCUCAACGGUCUUUUCGGCAUCAACAGUAAUAACCAGGGAAUAGUCUGGAUAGACUGGAAAGGAAAAGACUCCUCCAUUCCCUUCACCGAGAUGAAGUUCAGACCAUCCAGGUUCUCUCCUGCAACUCAUGGCUAAAGAUACAGUCUUCAUACGUCUGACAGAAAAUUUAAGUGCCAGAAAUCCACAAAACAGUGGAUCUCACAGUUGCUGCAUGUAGCUUUCCAACUGAAUUGCAUGUACAGUGGUUUUGAUAGUUGUAACAACAGCUAUCAGUACAUUUGAUUCAAGAUUGUGUACGAUUUUUUUUUCUGAUUUUUUUCUGUUUGUUUUUUUUCUGGAAAUAUACCAAGAGUGGAGAAAUGUUUUAUUGCAACUUUUUGUAUCUUACUGUUCUGCCUGACCCGUCCAUUUCAACACAGUUUGUUUUUUGACUCAAAUACCUUCUUGUGCACCACCAUGGUAUGCCACACCCACUACUACUGUAAUUGAAUAUGCACUGUCUCACUCCAUUGGAAUAAAUGUGGCUAAUGUGGGUCUGAAGUGUCAUUCUUUUGGUUUUGUAAAAGCGAAUUAAAACAACCAAAUCCUUUGACGGGAAA